CUACCCUCGAAAAAUGGUGCUCCUGAUGCAGCUGCUACGUUGGAUUCCCAUCUGUACGGUGUUGGUUGUGAUACAAGAAUGGCAUCGGACGCUUGCGCUGCAGCUGACAAACAUGAACGUCCCGGAGGUGGUCGACUAUCGCGACACGGUCACACUCUCCUGCAGCUACAACCUGGGCGCGCACCAAUUAAACUCCGUCAAAUGGUACAAGGGCAAUAAGGAGUUCUACAGGUACGCACCGAUGCUGUUCCCAAAGGUGACGACCUACCCAGUCGAUGGCAUCGUCAUCGCAACAGACCGACCGACGAUCUGCAACCAGUACCUCUGCUCGAUUCGACUAACCGAGCUGCAACGUCGCUCCAGCGGCGAGUACCGCUGCGAGAUCUCUGGUGACGCGCCCGAGUUCAAGCUGGCGAACGGAACGCGCAACAUGACAGUCGAGGUUCUGCCCCAAAAAGACCCCACCAUCAGUGGGCUGAGCGCCAGCUACCUGCCACACGAGCACAUCGCCGCCAACUGCACGUCAGACCAGUCCAGUCUCGCCACCCGGCUGCUGUGGUUCAUCAACGGCCGCACCGUCCCGAUGGAGUACCUUCAGCAGCAGCAGGAAACGACGCUCGAAAGCGACGGGUUCAACCUGCGCUUCCGCAUGCUGGAGAUGCGCGUCCCGGUAGAUAGGCUUGUGCAGCGCGAGCUGGACAACGUGAUCCAUAUCAAGUGCAUCGCCUCGGUGGACGCCGUGCCGUCGAUGGGCAGGGAGUCACAGGCAGAUGUGGCCCUACGAAGUCACCGGUCGUCCCUGUUUGGGUUCGGUGGACAUAGUCGCGCUGCUGGACGGAGUUUCUUUGGUCCGAGGUUUACGCUUGCCUUGGACCAGAUCGGUGCAACAUCAUUGCUACUCAUCGCAUCGGUAGCCGUCGCGAGUCUGCGGUGGUACAGCGGGCAGGACCUUCGCCAACUUCUGGACAACCGACCCUGAGCUGAUGAAGGCCAGACA